AUAAAACCAAAAUAAGCACCUUCCUCUUCUCUUGUCAUUUCACACUUUCUUUCUUUCUUUCUUUCGUGCUAUGGGAACCAAGCAGUCAUAAGUGAGAGAAUUGGAAAAACUGUGAAGCAAAGAAAAUGAAGCUCUUUUGUAGAUUCUUGAUUGCUUUUUCACUGAUUGCACUGGUGGAAUCUUCAUGCAAUAGCCCAGACCGAGAGCUGGUGUUAAAGGCUUUCAAAUCAGUCUCUGGAUUCAAUCCCUCUUGGUUUGCAGAUGGGAAGUGCUCAAAUCAUUCUAUUACAGACAUAAGCCUUUCUUCUAGAAAUCUAAGCGGAUCCAUCUCAUGGAAAUAUUUCAGGAACAUGUCGCAGUUGCAUACUCUUGAUCUCUCUGGGAACUCGCUAAAAGGGCAUGUGCAAGGUUCGUUGUGGUCUAGUCCAAGCUUAGUGCGAGUCAAUUUGUCGAAAAACCAGUUUGGAGGUAGCAUUGAUGCCUUGGGAAAUGGCUUGUUUUCAUCGAUUCAGGUGCUCAAUCUUUCUUCCAACAGGUUCACCAAUGUUGUUCAGCUCUCUAAUUUUCCAAACCUCAAAAUUCUUGACCUAUCACAUAACAACCUCCCAACUUUGCCCUCUGGCUUCACCAACCUCACAAAACUAAACUACCUCGACAUUUCAAGAAACAAAAUUUCCGGGAAUGUGAAACCCCUUUCUUUUCUUCACUCAUUGAACCAUUUAGACGUGUCAAACAACUCCAUGAAUGGUAGUUUCCCUUCUGAUUUCCCUCCACUCGAUAACCUCAAAUUUCUCAACAUUUCUUUCAACCACUUCACCGGAAAAGUCCCCCAAGAAAAGUACAAGAAAUUUGGUAAAACCGCGUUCUUCCAUUCUGGGACUUCCGCUUUCAACCAUUCAAACAAAACCCCAAAACCAAACAUCCGUAUUCUACCACAUCCCAUAAACAAACACAAACACAAACCCAAACCUUUGGUUCUCAUCCUAUCAUGUGCCUCUGCCUUUUUGGUCUUUGUUUCUGUGUCUAUUUGCAUAGUUCUCUUCUGCAAAAGGAAAAGACAGAGGCAAAAGAACAAAUGGGCAAUCUCGAAACCGAUCCAAAUACCCUUCAGGUUCGAGAAAUCAGGGCCGUUCUCAUUCGAGACUGAGUCUGGGACAUCAUGGGUAGCAGAUAUUAAAGAACCAACCUCGGCACCGGUGGUCAUGUUCGAGAAGCCAUUGAUGAACCUAACCUUCAAGGACCUGAUAGCUGCCACGUCACACUUCGGCAAAGACUCAGAGCUAGCUGAAGGUAGGUGUGGCCCUGUUUACAGAGCCAUACUCCCCGGUGACAUCCACGUGGCAAUCAAAGUCCUCGAAAACGCCAGAGACGUUCACCACCACGACGCCGUUUCGUUGUUCGACCAACUUUCCCGCCUCAAACACCCAAAUCUCUUGCCUCUCUCCGGUUUUUGCAUUGCAGGGAAAGAGAAGCUGGUGUUGUACGAGUUCAUGGCAAACGGUGACUUGCACCAAUGGCUACACGAGCUUCCAACGGGGGAGCCCAACGUGGAAGACUGGAGCGGUGACACGUGGGAGGUCCAAAACGCCACUGGGUCCCACAUAUCCUCACCGGAAAAAUUGGUAUGGCUCACGCGCCACCGUAUCGCCGUGGGAAUAGCGCGUGGUCUAGCUUAUCUCCACCACGCUGGGUCCAAGCCCGUGGCCCACGGCCACCUCGUAGCUUCGAAUGUCCUGUUGUCCGAGGAUUUCGAGCCGCGUAUCGCGGAUUUCGGGUUCCGAAAUAUCGGCGACCGAGAUAUCGGAGAAAGUAGCAGCACCGAAACGGACGUGUACUGUUUCGGCGUGUUGUUGAUGGAGUUGCUGACUGGGAGAGUGGGGACUGCGGAGACAGUGGUUUGGGUGAGGAGGUUGGUGAGAGAAGGGUUGGGUGUGAACUCGUUGGACCCGAGAUUGAGAAUCGGAGAUGACGACUCGGAAUCGGAAUCGGUGUCCGAAAUGGUGGAGACUCUCCGAGUCGGGUAUCUUUGUACGAACGAGUCACCCGGGAAAAGGCCCACCAUGCAACAAGUACUGGGUCUGCUCAAAGAUAUACAUCCCACACACACUGUUUCGGUGCUGAGCUGAGUUAACUCGUUUUGUCUCGUAUCGGGUCCGAUAUUUUAGAAUUGCGUGCAAAUGUAAAUCAUGGUGCUUUUGGUAAAGACCAGAAUCGACCUUGGCAAUUGGGGUUUUUUUUUUUAAAUUAUUGGACCGACAUGUGUAUGUUUUUUACUUUAAUUUUUUUGAUUUUUGAUAUGUUUGUGUAUAGAUAAAAAUUGAAAAAGAGAGAGAGAAAAAGAAAAGGUUGGACACCACAAAAGUGUGGGGUAGAGGAUGUUGAACUAGUCAUGGCCUCAUGGGUUUGUUUGAUUUGUUUGAGCAGAGAAGGCAGAGAAUCCCACUUAUUGCUUGUCUCUUAUAUGAGAGUUGUUAUCAUUUUUCCUUUA